CCGGGCCAGUUUGAGAGAUCGUGUCGCAUAUUUUCUUAUUUUCUUAUUUUCUUCUGCCCUUCAAAAUCCCGCAGCGAGAGGUUUCUUCCACUCAAAACUCCAAACUCAACUCCCCGGAAAUCCCACCUCUCACCUCUACCAAGUGUGCAUCGCUCGCCAAGAUGGGAAACGGAGCCAAGGCAGCCUCGAAGCGGGAACGCAAUGCCAAAGAGACCAAAGUCGCCAAGUCGCAACUGAAAGUCAACGAGCAGGCCAAGGACAUCCAAUGCAACAUCUGCAAAUCGACAUUCUUGAAGACGACGCGUGCGCCUGCCCUCACCGAACACGCGGCGAACAAGCACAGCAAGACGCUCAAGGAGUGCUUCCCAACCUUUGAGGAGAAGAAAUGA